CCAAAACCCCACCCCGCCACCCUCCCUAUAAAAACCCCCUGCCCACAAUCUCUCUCUCUCUGUUAUCUUCUCCAAUGGAGACUCCAGCACUCCUCCUCUGGUCCACCGCCGCCUCCCCCUCCUCCUCCCAAGAGAACAGAAACGAUGGCGCCGCCCAGAACCACCUUCCAACGCCGCCAGAUUCGGCGCCAAAGGACUCCUUCCCGGCGAGGCCGAAGCCGAGGAAGGCCUCUAAGCGCCCCCCUCAGCGAGGCCUCGGCGUCGCCCAGCUCGAGCGUCUGCGCCUCCAGGAGCGCUGGAAGAAGAUCACCGAGAUAGACCCCACCCGCGAGAUCCAGCCCUUCCCGGGCCAGCUCCCCGCCUAUGAUUACCCCGCCGCCGUCUCCGGCGGCGGGUUGGUGCAGGCGCCGGGAAUGUGGUACAUCCAGCGGUGCCCGCCAGCAAGCCAGGGGCUGGUCGGGCGAUCGGUGCUCCACGAGCAGUACGCGUUAGAUCGGUACCGGAGGGGGAGUGGAGAGGGCCGGUUCCAGGUCGGGAGUCCGUUUCCAGAGCCCCCUUCAAACCAAAAAAUGCAGUGCGUCACCGAUCAGUGCGAGUUCUGUGCCAGGAAGAAGCGUCUAUUUGGGAUGAAUCCAGGGUUCAUCGGACAACACAAUGGCGUCGAUUACUUCGAAAUGGAUCUGGCCGCCGCCAUGGGCGUCGAUCAGGAAUCGCAAAGCGUUUCCGGAUGUGGGCAGAGAAGGGGGAAAUCGGUGACGGAGAGCAGCGAGGUGAAGGAGUUCGAUUUCUUCCCUCGGAGCCGGAGCGCGUCCUUCGGACAUUCCGAGUUGGGGAAUCGGAUAGCCGGCGACGCCUCCUCCUCCUCGACCUCUUCUUCUUCCGCCGCUUCUCCUAGUUUUCUCGACCUCUCUCUUAAACUCUCCAUCUAAGGAGUCGUUCUCCUCCUUCUCUUCGACUUGUUUGUUCUUGUUCUUGUUGUUUUGUUUUUGUUUUUUUUGCCCCUCAGUCCAGCUUCUUGGUUCUCCGUUAUUAAUGUUUCUGGCUUUUCAUUUGCA